CUUUAGUAAUAUAAACACAGUCUCAAAGCCAGGUGUGUACUGACCAACCAUUCAUACUGGGAUAUAGACAGUCCUGUGUUCUGCUUGUAGGCAUGCAGGAUUUUAGCUGUUGUCAUAUUUUGUCAUUAGACAGUUUAAUUGAUAAAUCACCAGCAUUCCAUGUAACAUUGAAUAAAUACAUUAGAUUAGUUACUUUGGUUAAUGGGCCAGUUUACCAGACACAGAUUAAGUCUAGUCCUGGACCUUAAAGAACUUUCUAUUGAAACUUCCAUUGAGCAUGCUUUUAGUCCAGCACUAGACUCAAUCUGUGUCCAGGAAACAGGCCCCAUAUGUAUUACUGACAUGCUUGUCCUUGUUCAGGACUCCACACACUGGCUUCAGAUUGAACCCUUGACUUCCACUGUCCAGGGAGUGACAAUGUUCAGGCACAGGACACCCAAAGGGAGUUAUGAGUGCACAGUGUCUGGGCUCCGCUGGCUGUGUGAGAGAGAUGUCAUUCUGAAGUAUCACUUCAGGAACUGGGAACUCUACAGUCAACUUCUGAAAGACAUGCAGUACACACAAGGUGGUCCAUUGCUGGACAUCACUAUGGAGUUAGGUGAACUGGAGGAAGCUCAUCUGCCACACUUUGUCUGUUUAGGGCCCAACCCUUCCCUGAGGAAUGAGAUGAAGAUUCUUCAUGUAGAGGAACAUGGAGAGUCUUUAGAGGAAGUGCAUGAGGUCACCAGAUUCCAUGCUAAGAUUCUCCAUCCCAAGUUCUCAGCUAUCUCUGUUAUACUGAGCUAUAUCUUUUCUUGGAACGUCCACUGUGACGUGGUCCUCUAUUUGGCAGUAAAAAGGUCAACAGUAAUUUCACGGCUGUACCUGCUCCUCAGAAACUCCAGUCAGAAAGAGGCUGUUCAGGAACGGGAGAAAAAUCAGGUGUCCAAAGGAUAUUCAGAAUUGGUCCUGUCAAGUCCAAACGGGUCCUUAAAGCUGAACAGUUGGUUUGCACUCAAGAAUCCCCUCUCCAAGUCCAUCAAUCCAGAGAAGAUUCAGCUGUUACCUGCAGACACCACACCAAGCUGUUGUAAGAUGAUCAUGAGAAACACAGGGGUUGACAUUGAGAUGGAGUUAAUCGGGGAUGAUGAGAGGACAGUAUGGAGAGAGAUGGUACCAAUAGAUGAAUACAUCACUGAAACCCAUUCAACUAGUAAGUAAACAUGAGAGAUACAAACCAAUGACUUGAGGGCCAGUCAACAUGGUUUACUGUAGGACCUGGACUAGUCCUGAUU